AUGACGUCCUUCGGGUCGGCAUGGCGUUCCUUCUGGCACACCAUGACAUCAAAUGACAGGCAUGCUUCCCACGACUCUCCCUACCGCACCGGGCAGCAUGUGCCCCUCAGCCAGAGCCGCCACGCACCCCUCACCUCCGUAGCGACCAGUGCCAUCGAGUCCCGACCAGAUCUCAGUUCGUCCUUCGAAGAAGAUUCGUCGAAGCGAUCCCAGCGUUGGUCGGAGUCCCAAGACACUAUCACCUCCCCGACCCGGCCAUACUCACCGGGCAUGAGGUCCAAACAAAGACGGUCCAAUGAGCAGGACGAAGGCGUGCAGAUGCAGAGUUUCCAUGACGGUGCUCCACCCCCUCCCCCGGUCUCGCAUUCUUGGAGGAAAAUAGAUAAAUGGUGCGAGAGAAAUUACGAGGAACUUUUUGAUCAAUUGUGCGAGGGUUGCACGCAGAAUGAUGUCAACGAGCUGGAGCACGAGCUGGACUGCAGUCUACCACUGGAAGUCCGCGAAUCGUUGAUGAUACAUGACGGCCAAGAACGAGGUGGCUUGCCCACCGGUGUCUUAUUCGGGUGUAUGCUUCUCGACUGUGAGGAAAUUGUUCAGGAAUGGAGAAACUGGCGAACAGUCAAUGAAGAGUUCCUCAGCACGACGACCAUAUCCGGGCCACAGCCUCCCCUAAAAGCAUACGGAGGUUCCUCGACUUCAAGUGCAGCGCAAGCUCAGUCCAACCCUCUCUGGCGACAGGAAUUGCUCGACAGGCAAGAUUCACAGCCAGUGCGGGCCAUUCAGAAGGCAUAUGCUCACCCAAGCUGGAUCCCCGUCGCGCGUGACUGGGGAGGUAACAAUAUCGCCAUUGAUCUUGCACCCGGACCAGCUGGAAAAUGGGGCCAGGUUAUCCUCUUCGGACGCGACUAUGAUUGUAAAUAUGUCAUUGCCAGGUCCUGGGCAGCUUUCUUAGCCAUGGUCGCAGACGACUUCCACUCUGGCAAGGUUAUUGUGGAUGAAGAUUCCAACGAGUUGAGAUUGAAACCUUUCAGAAACGCAGAUCCUCCGUACCUGGAGAUUCUCCGCUGGCGCACUGAUCAGAAGCAUGGCCGUAGACCUCCAAAGAAGCGGUCAGGAGGCGUUGGUCUUGGUGUCAACACUUCUGUCAAUGGAAAAACUACGAGAGAUUCCCCAUAUGGAAGUCCAACUCCAAGCACUGAGGAGAGAGGGCGUUCACCGCAUCGAUUCCCGUCACGCGGGCCUAACGGUAGCCCGAAGGGUGGCUUAGCAUUGUCUAGUCCUUUGGCACGAGUCGCAGAAGAAGCAUCAUCUCCUGUCAAAGAGAAUGAACCGAACGAUGCAGACAAGAGCAAGUCGAAGGAUGCAGAUCUCGUUGAUCUCACCUCGCCUGCUGCCUCAAUUAGAGCAGAACCCGUCCAUACUACCGAUUCGAAAAACGACGGGGAUGCGGAGCAAGGUACUAGCAAACGCACUUCCAAAGCUGCUGACAAACCGAAGAGCGGCCUGUCCACACCACGCUCAUCCACCGGUCUCGACGCGAAAGAUUUUGAAGGAAUGAAAAGUAUUGCGAUUUGA